AUGCUGGAGCUGGCAGACUUGCCCCUGCAGAAGGGCUCUGUGGAGCUCCUCAAGCAGAGAUGGGAGUCCACCAAUGCUACAAGACCUGGCCCGACACUGGGGUGCUCACCAGCCCCAUGGUCCCUGGUGCCGGAUAAGAUCAGCUGCAGCAGCACCAUGGAGAAAGUGCCGGCAGACAGCAGGAGAGUGGACGUGUUUAAGGAGGACAGCCUAGGUGGCCAUCAGCAGAUCGAGCACUUUCCCAUCACUGUGGAGGAGCUGCGGAGCCACUUUGAGGCCCUGAGUGGCAAGAAGUCAGGCUUCCAGAACAAGGAGUUGACUCUGGAAAAUGCUAUACAGGCCUCAGGCCCUAGAAACAGCCACCGAGUUCCACUCUAUACACAUGGGGAUAAAUCAAAAUCAGUUGUGCCCCUCUACUUGCUCCAGGAAAGUAUUCAGUGGAGAUGGUCUCCACUGGCUGCGGGUUCUCAUAAACCUGUAAGAGGACUACCUAAAGAGAGUGCUCCCAGGGCUGAUAACACACCGCUGGAUUUCCAGGAGACUGUCCCCUUGAAAGAAAGAAUGGCUAUGUACAAGGCUGCUGUGUCUGAGAUAAAGGGUAGCAAGUCAUUUGCUGAUAAUUCAGAGAAAACCAAGUUCUGCACUGUGCCUGGUGGCCUGGCCGCAGUGAGGAAACAAUUUGAAAAGAAAGUGCAGAUGACCUCUUCAAAAAAGACCUUUGCUCAGUACCAGCACCAGCACAGAUCUGUACAGGAAAUGUCAAGUAGCAGUCAGUACAAAGUAUCAAGCAGCACCAGGGAUGCUGAGUGCAAUGAAAUGACCUCCAAACAAAAUCAAAUGGAAGCCUCUCAAACACAAGAGGUUUCUCAUCACGAGCAAGUUACUCAUGAGAUAAAAAUGACUUCUACAUUCACUCAGCACACUGAUGAAACAGUAAUCAAUGCAGCUCAGAACGAAGAGCUCCCAAAGACUGUAACACAGAUUUUAAAAGAACAGAUUGAAAGGACAGCUCAGGAAAAGGCUGUUCACUCUGACAGAGAAACUGCAACACCUGCAAAAGAAGUAAAGAAACUGCAGAUACAGGAAAAUGAAAUGUGCAGACGUUGCCAACAGAGAGUUUACCCAAUGGAAUGCCUAGUUGCCGACAAGCAGAAUUUUCAUAAAUCUUGUUUCCGAUGUCACCACUGUGGCAGUCAAUUAAGUUUGGGAAAUUAUGCAUCUCUCCAUGGAAAAAUAUAUUGUAAACCACAUUUUAAGCAACUUUUCAAAUCAAAAGGAAAUUAUGAUGAAGGUUUUGGACACAAGCAGCAUAAAGAACUAUGGAAUUCUAAAGAUCAGUGUAACUCAGUUGGCAAUACUCAUGCUGAAGAAACAAAUCCCAUUAAUAGUAUACCUAUUGAUUCUAAACCAAUUACAGAAAUUGAUCAAGACUUUAACCCAGGUACUGAAAGUAUUCAUCCUGAUAUUUUGGAUAAUAAUUUGAAAAAAUCCACAGAAAGAGGUAAAUUAAAGAUGACAUGGCCGCCUUCACCAGAUGACGAAACGCCUAAGAAAACAUUUACUAUUGAAGAAGUGGCUAAAGUAUAUAAGCCAAAGUGGCCCCCAGAAGGUUUUGCUCAAGAAGGCUCUAGUUUACAUACAAAUAAACCUCUGGGCAAUAAAAAGGAUCCUCAGGAAAAAAACGCUGUGAGAGAGCACAAUAAAAAUGACACUGCAAAUGCGCAACAAAAUCAACACUCAUCCUUUAGCUCUCUGUCUGAAAAAGACGACUCUACAAAUAUCUGUAAAGCAAAGAAAAAUGAAACAGGCAAUAAGGGAAAAGAUGAGGAAGCUGGCAAUGUGCAAGAUAAGCUGAAUAAAACAGGAGGAUCACAGAACAGGGAGGAAAGUGGAAAGGAUAUUAAUGAAGGCGACAACGUGACUGUGUAUGGUGCCAGGAAGGAGCAAGAGAAAAAAAUUAAUGAAACCGAUGAUUCAGAAGUUGUGCAGGUUACCAACAUUGAUGAUGUAACAGUACGAAAGAAUCACAAAGAAUUCAGCUUGAAUAACAAUAACAAUAACAAUUAUGCCACUUUUUCACAUCUAAACAUUUGUAGGCAGAAGACAGCUCUCUCCACUACAUCUAAGCCAAUGACAGCAGUAAGCCAUGCAAUUUGCACUGUACCGCAGCAUGCCUUUGCAAAGCUGGAAAAUCGGUCUGGAAAUGAAGAAACAUUUGAGAUGUAUGAAUCUCUUGAGAGCUAUUCUACUGAUACUGUAACUGUUUCACAGGAUGAACAGAACUCAAAAGCUGAAGAUGCUGUUACCUCUAAUAGUCUUGCUCAAUUUAAUAAAGAUGCCACUUGGCAGAAGUCUCAUACUAAUAGCACAUUAGUUUUAAAGAAGGCAACUAAUACAACAUUCCCUGUUGAUACUGAGUUGGUGUGCACUGGACAAGAAUUGAAAUAUGACAAAAAUUUAAAUAUUAUUUUAUCUGACACUCUGAAAGCAUCUUUUCUUAAAAAAGACAAUCUGGUUUUAGACUGUUGUCUAAUAGACUCUGCAGACAUAACUAAAAAGUCCUACAGCCCAUAUUCAAAAGAAGAUAGAAAUUACGUUACAGAACUGAAUGAUAUUAAUGCCUGUCAAGAAAGUGAAAUAAUCAAAGUGUCAAAGAAUGACAUAAACACAAGCUUAGAUUUACUGAGCUCAAGAUAUACAGCUGUUCCAUCAUUGCAAGGUGAGAAAGUCAAGUUCAAACAGCUCACUGCAGAAGAACAAAUUAAAAGAAAUAGAUUCUAUUAUGAAAACGAAUAA